CUAUCUCAACACGAGGGACUAGUUUGCCCUUGACACAAUCGUCACCCGAGGGACUUAUUCCUCAAAGUAUUCGAAUUCGAAAGUCUACUGAUAUUCCCUGAGACAUGCCACCGCGCACUCCACAUCGAGCUGCCCAUCUUAUCUCUUCCGGAUCCCACUCAAGAAGUCCACUAACCCCAAUCAUCCCAAUAGCUCAAGACCUCUCACUCCCAGUCGUACAAUCACAGGAUCGAUCUUUGCAGUUCCAUUCCUCGCCAUCCCAGCCUGCAGAUGCAUCAAGUACAUGCGCUCUAUCCUUUUGAUAUCAAUUUGUCACGUCCUCACUUCUUGAUCUCACGUGCCACAAAAAGGUGUGGUUUCAGAACAGGCGUGGAAAGGACAAGGCUCUUCGUAACAGAGUUCAGGACUCCACUCAGCAGGAUUCUCUUUCUGUUCACACUCCUCAAAAAUCUCAGUCUUCCAGGGACAUCUCCCCCAAUGACUCUUUCAAUUCUUCCACCCCGACCGAAAAAAACCAUGCACCCUGCAGAGGAUCAACCGCUUUUACCGGAGCCACACCCAGUGGAGCGUUUGCCCAUAGUUGGAAGUCCUUACAAAGUUUUCAUUUUCUCUUCCUGCCCAUAAACCAGCCAUGCCUACCGAAAUUCCCCUCAUGUUCGCCAUUCACCAGCAGACUUGACUUGGCAGGAUAACGAUGACCUUCUAAACGCACGCAGAGGGUCGCUGCCAAUCAUCAUGUCCAUGCCAGUACAGAUGCCAACCAGUCGUCUACCCACUCCCCAGAUAGACGCAAGUCUAUGGACGUCGGUCUUAUGCAUCAUCCGUUCGCACGUGUUGCAAAGGAGAAGAAUGACGCAAUAUUUUUCUGGCCGCCCAUAUUCUCCUGCAGGGUCAAGUCAGUCCAUGGCCCGUCCACCGUCCGGCCUAG